UCCAGUGGGUGUCAAAAGUUUUCAGGCGGUCCUCCACCUGAGUGAGACAGAAAAAAUAAAUAAAUAAAUAAAAGAAAAAUAUUGAGAGAGACAGAGGAGGUAAAGUAAAGCAGAAAAGGACAAAAGAAGUGGCGGUAUGGAAGCAAAAAAACAAUAAAUAAAAAGGCGAAUAAGGGGAUGGAGGGGGUGAGUGAGUGUGUUGUGUGCUUUGCUUAAUGCAGUCACAUUGUAUUGUUCAGAGAAAACAGUACCAAGUAUAGAGGAGGAGCCGAUAACUCCUUUAUUCAUUCACACAUACCCGCCUUUUUUCUUUUCCUCCCCUAAUAAUCGCCUUCAAUUGCCCCACCAUGUGAUCCUCCCUCUCUCUUUCCCUCUUUCUUUCCCUCUCUCUCUCUGUCUCUCUCUCUCUUUCUCUGUCUACUUCAUCUUCUUUCUCUCUCCUUAUAUACCCCUUUAGCAACAGAGAUAUAUGGUUAUCACACUGGAACUCUAAAACCCAGUCGCUCACUCACAAUUCCACUCCCUCUUUCUCAAGAUUUUUGAGAUUUGGGUUUGGAUCAGAGUAGGAUUCUGGGAAAUGGGUCUGUUUUAUUUGAGGUAACUCUGUUUGAGAUUUGAUGCAGACAGAGGAGGGGAGAGAGAUAAAAAAUGAAGCUUUUUUGGGUCACCGCUUCAUUCUGCUUUUUUUUCUUCUUGGGUUUGGGCUCUUUGAGCUCCGUUUCAGCUGUGAAUGGACCGCUCAGACAUCAUCUCAAAUUCGUUUUAGGAGAAGAGAACCUGGGGCCAUGGAAGAAUGAAGUCUCGGAGGCUUCAGAGGCACCUGGGCCAGUCAGCGAUGCACAUCAGAGCACGCUUGUGCUGGCAGCCAAUAGGACGAACAGACCCGAUAUUCUUAACGGCUUUAGACGAUACCUUGGCGGUUGGGAUAUUGUUAAUCGACAUUACUGGGCUUCUGUUGGAUUUACAGGUGUUGCUGGUUUUGUUAUCUCUAUCCUAUGGUUUAUUUCUUUUGGCUUAGUUCUUGCGGUUCAUCAUUGCUGUGGGUGGAAGAUAAAUAUCAAAGAUGAAGGAUCACGACGUUCACAAAGCAUCAGUCUUGUCUUGCUUAUAGUCUUCACUUGUGCUGCAUCGAUUGGAUGUAUCCUACUUUCUGUUGGGCAGGAUGAGUUUCAUGAUGAAGUGUUGGGUACUCUGAAAUAUGUUGUCAACCAAUCAGACUACACAGUGCAGAUCCUGAGAAAUGUCACAGAAUACCUGUCCCUUGCAAAGACUAUCAAUGUUGCCCAGGUUUUCCUUCCUUCUGAUGUUAUGGAUGAUAUUGACAAGUUGAAUGUGGAUCUCAAUACUGCAGCAGAUAUGCUGAAGGAGAAGACGAGUGAAAAUUCUGUUAAAAUAAAAGAAGUCUUCAAUGUUGUGCGUUCAGCUUUAAUCGCUGUUGCAGCAGUAAUGCUUCUUCUGGCAGUGAUUGGUCUUCUCCUAUCUAUCCUUGGCCACCAACAUGCAAUCCAUAUAUUUAUAAUUAGCGGAUGGUUUCUUGUGGCAAUUACAUUCAUUCUCUGUGGGGUCUUUGUAAUCCUCAACAAUACAGUUUCAGACACUUGCAUGGCCAUGGAAGAAUGGGUAGAAAAUCCGCAUGCAGAAACAGCUCUUAGCAACAUCCUUCCAUGUGUUGAUCAAAAAACUACAAACCAGACGCUCAUCCAGAGUAAACAAGUUAUCAAUGCCAUGGUAAAUGUUGUCAACCGAUUUAUCUAUACCUAUGCAAAUGCGGAUCCAUCCGAGGGCGAUCCUAACUAUUACAACCAAUCUGGACCUCUGAUGCCACCUCUGUGUUACCCAUUUGACUCUAAUUUGCAAGAUAGCCGUUGUGGGGAUCAAGAUGUAUCGAUUGCAAAUGCUUCUGUGGUUUGGGAGAAAUAUAGAUGCAAAGUGUCUUCUGGAGUGUGCACCACAGUUGGAAGAGUGACCCCUGAAAUAUUUACACAGCUGAUAGCGGCCGUCAAUGAAAGCUAUGCGCUGCAGCACUAUGCUCCGCCUUUACUAAGUCUUCAGAAUUGCAAUUUUGUCAGGGAUACAUUCCGAAAUAUCACCUCAAGUUAUUGUCCUCCGUUAAACCAUUAUCUCAAAAUUGUGAAUGCAGGAUUGGCUCUGAUUUCUGUUGGAGUUUUGCUCUGUCUUGUCCUAUGGAUACUCUAUGCAAACCGCCCCCAAAGGGAGGAAGUGUUUGUGAAACAACUAUCCAAACUAAUAAAAGGCAAGAGUCACAAUAGCAACUUCAACAAUAAUAUCAACGGUGAUAUAUCAUCAUCAAAUACACCGACCCAUGUCUAGACGGUAUAGUACAAAAUUAUAGAAAGAAAUAGGCUUUUUUUGUUUUGUUUUUUGUUGUUGUUGUUGUAAGGAGAGAACCAAAGUAGAGCAAAGCUCUAUUUUGAGUUGGUGGGGCUAAUUGCCUAUUCUAGUGUAUUUUGAUAUGUAUAUGUAUAGAUAAAGCAAUUUGAUCAUUAAUCUAUUUUUAUGGCAUUCCUGAAA